AUGAGAUCCAUGUUUCGUCUCAUGUUCAAAACCGCCGUGAACAUGGCGAGAUACUUGUCAACUCUGCCGGCAAACGAGAACGUGGUGGAGAUGAAGGACACCUUCACGAGAUAUGCCAACGACAUUUUCGCGAGUUGCGCCUUUGAAAUCGCUAUCGACUCGCUGGCUAAUCGGAACAACCGAUUCUACAAGUCAGGCAGAGAUGUCCUGAACAUUCACAGCGUAGGGAUUCUCAAGCUCGUCGUGCUAACGUUGUUUCCUAGGUUGGCCGAAAAGUUCGAUAUAACUUUGUUGAGCUGCAAGACUAUGGUUUCUUCAAAAACAUUGUGCCCGAGAGCGAGAGAGAAGAAAGGCAUCGUCAGACCGGACUUUAUUCAGCUGAUGACAGAGAGUAAGAACAGCAGAGAUCUGAGCGUCGAUGACAUCAUCGCUCAGGCGCUUGCCUUUUUUUUCGGAGGCUUCGAGGCCAUGUCCGAUCUGUUGUGCUUCGCCGUCCACGAGGUGGCCACGAAUCCGGAGAUUUAA